CUUAAUUAAGAAAAUUAAAAUUGAGGGGCCAUAGGAGCAAAUAUCCUAAACUUGAUUCUUGCUCUUUGGGGUUUCUUCUUCUUCGUCUGACCAACAAAGGGUUUUACCCGCAAAAACAAAGUUCAGAUUUCGCAAAGAAUUCCUCCAUGGACGUAAUCAAGACCCAGCAAGUAUCUUCGAGACCCAUUGAGAAGGUCGUAGUGCACCCGCUCGUCUUGCUCAGCAUCGUCGAUAACUUCAAUCGAGUCGCCAAGGACACUCGCAAACGAGUCGUCGGUGUCUUACUCGGAAGCACUUUUAAAGGCACCGUCGAUGUCACCAACAGUUAUGCAGUGCCAUUUGAAGAAGAUGAUAAAGAUCCCAGUAUUUGGUUUCUUGACCACAACUACCACGAAUCAAUGUAUUCGAUGUUCAAGAGAAUUAAUGCGAAGGAGCACGUUGUAGGUUGGUAUAGUACUGGGCCAAAGCUUCGAGAGAAUGAUCUAGACAUUCAUAGAUUAUUUCACAACUACGUCCCAAAUCCUGUCUUGGUCAUUAUUGAUGUCCAACCUAAGGAAUUGGGAAUACCGACCAAGGCCUACUAUGAUGUCGAAGAAGUUAAAGAGAAUGCCACUCAGAAAAGCCAAAAGAUUUUUGUUCAUGUACUUUCAGAAAUUGCUGCUCAUGAGGUUGAGGAAAUAGGAGUCGAACAUUUACUAAGAGAUGUGAAGGAUACAACUAUUAGCACACUUGCAACCGAGGUUACCGGAAAACUGACAGCCUUGAAGGGUUUGGAUGCACGCUUACGAGAAAUACGUGGUUAUCUAGAUCUUGUUAUUGAUGAGAAGCUUCCUUUAAAUCAUGAGAUACUUUACCAUUUGCAGGACGUGUUCAAUCUUCUACCAAAUCUCAAUGUUACCGAACUGAUCAAGUCAUUUGCAGUGAAAACAAAUGAUAUGAUGCUAGUUAUCUAUCUUUCUUCUGUCAUUCGAAGUGUAAUUGCACUCCAUAACUUGAUCAAUAACAAGAUGCUAAAUAAAGAACAUGAGAAGACAGAGGAUGCUAAGCCAACAGCAGUUCCCGCGGUGAAUAAUAGCUGAAAACCCAUCACCGGUUUCGUACUUUCGAUUAGAACAGAAUUAGCUUUAGGAGUGGCGGAAGGCACCAUUUUAUCUUGAUGCCUUUGAGACUUCUGUUUGAGAAUAUUUGUAUAUUCUCCUCGGUGACAGAGGAUUCUGGUAACCUCUUCCAACUGGGAAAUUACCUUAUACAUUAUAUUGCAAAAUUGUUUGGUUUUUGUUUUUUGAAAUUUUUGAGGUUUGUAGGCCUAACACGUAAUUGGGGUUAUUUAUUUCAUUUCUCUAUCAACAUCCCCUCUUACUAUAUUUAUUUUUACUUACAAAAUUGCUUCUUAAUUGUGUCAACAAUGGGCACAUGUCAGCAUCCAUCUAUGACUUUAUUUUUACAGGUUCA